GGCUGAUAGUUUAUAACCUUGCCAAGCUCCACCUGCCUUAGAGACAGAGUUAGGCAGAGGAGCUUGUCUGUAAAUAACAAGGUGCUACUUUCAAGUUUAACCAGCGCCUUGGCCCUCCUUGAGAAAGGCUUGUGCCUGUCAGUCUCUGGGCUCACAUUCUUACACCUGCCCCUUUGGAAAGAUUCACUUGCCAAGUCCCCCAGGAGAAUCCCUGUGGUGAAGGGAACUUACCCACCUAUGGGAGAAGGCCUGGAAAUAGUCAGAAACUUGGGCACAGGGCUGCAAGCAGGAGUUUUGAGUCUGUCUUUAGCAAAUACCUAUUGCAGGUCCAGUCAACCAGCUGCUAAAACAUGAAACACAACCACACACCAGUUGGUGCUUCUGCCCUCCCAGAAAUCACCAGCAAGCUGAGAUUGCUGUCUCACUGGCCAUACACCAUCUAGAAUCACUUGGGAUGCUUUUACAGCCCUUCAAACCCCUACCCUUGGAUCUUACUGCAGACCUGUUGAAUCAGUCAGGUCACUGAGAGUGUACCAGCGACUUUUAAAAACAGGUCAUUCUAAUGUGUAGCCUGGGUUGAAAAUCACUGCUCUGGCCCAUUUAGGAACUUAGGGAAGAUGUCCCAAGCCUGUGUGUGAUGGAGACCCUCUCAUCUAGUACAGGAGUUUGUCUUUAUUCAGCUAGGAUGAGUAUGGGACUUGUGGCAGCAUACAAAGCAUGAACAAGGGCUGCGAGAUAGCAGUGUUCCCAAGGAGAAAUAAAGUGGCCAUGGAAAUGAAAAACAUGACAAUUUGGGUGUGUGUCAGAGGCAGAAACAGGAAUCAAGGAUGAGUUGGGGUGGUUUGUUUUGGUUUUUGUUUUUUGCUGAGUUGAGGAACUCUGGCAAAGGCAGGGGUGAGGAGAAGUGAAGAAUUAAAAGGAGUAGGAAAGUGAGUUAAAUGUUGGCCAUGUCUGGUUGAAAUGUUUAUUGGACAUCCAAAUGAAGAUACUGAUACACUGAAUUUGAUCUCAAGGAGGAGGUCAGAUGGAAGCCUUGGAUCUAAGAUUGCAAGUUCACCUGCCACUACCGCUGCCGCGCGCUCGUCUCCCUAGACUGCUGCGGGCCCCGGGACCUGGGCUGGGAACCGGCGCUGGAGCGGGACACGAAUGUGGAUGAGCCCGUGGAGUGGGAGACACCUGACCUUUCUCAAGCUGAGAUUGAGCAGAAGAUCAAGGAGUACAAUGGCCAGAUCAACAGCAACUUGUUCAUGAGCCUGAACAAGGAUGGCUCCUACACAGGCUUCAUCAAGGUUCAACUGAAGCUGGUGCGCCCUGUCUCCGUUCCCUCCAGCAAGAAGCCACCCUCCCUGCAGGAUGCCCGGCGCGGCCCAGGGCGGGGCACAGCUGUGAAACGCCGCACCUCCUUCUACCUGCCCAAGGAUGCUGUCAAGCACCUGCACGUGUUGUCACGCACACGGGCACGCGAGGUCAUUGAGGCCCUGUUGCGCAAGUUCCUGGUGGUGGAUGACCCUCGCAAGUUUGCACUCUUUGAGCGAGCUGAGCGCCAGGGCCAAGUGUACCUCCGGAAGCUGUCAGAUGAUGAGCAGCCCCUACGCCUCCGGCUCCUUGCAGGGCCCAGUGAGAAGGCCCUAAGCUUUGUGUUGAAGGAGAAUGACUCUGGGGAGGUGAACUGGGACGCUUUCAGCAUGCCUGAGCUACACAACUUUCUGCGCAUCCUGCAGCGGGAAGAAGAGGAACACCUCCGCCAGAUCCUGCAGAAGUACUCCUAUUGUCGCCAGAAGAUUCAGGAAGCCCUGCACGCCUGCCCCCUGGGGUGACCUCUUGUACCCCGGGGUGGAAGGAGGAGAGUAGGCAGCGCUAAGGGCGUGCCGUGUGAGUGUGCAAAGGCCCCUGUGGCCUGAGGAAUGAGUGUGCAUGGAGGCCCUCUCUUGCUGGGGGGAACGAGCCCAGAGAACAGCGAAGGAGCUGGCCCCCUGUGUCCACCAGUGGGUGGAGCAGAGCAUGACUCUUCACCCUUCUGCCUGUCGUGUACUGGGUCAUGGUGGGCCAGGGUUGCCCUGGGAAGCUGCUCCAGGCUUGCAGCAGGGGUAGAGGAGACAGAAGUCUCUUUAAAUUUGUCUCAGAUUUGAGAAUCUUGGAGACUGUACAAACAGAAUAGGGUCGUUUGCAGGGAUGAGGGCCCUUGUCUAUGCAGAACGGUUGUGUGAUUUGGGUCUUGGAUGGGGGAGGGGGGUGUCUCAGGAUAGCCCUAUCAGAACCAAGGGUGGGUGUUCAAGAUAAGACAGGCAUCAAGGAAGAGUCUAGGGUUCCCUCUCCAGCACCCUCUGACCCCUCACACACCUUCAGGUCAGGGAGUGCUGGCUAAGGGUGCAGCAAUAGUGCCUCUGCCUCCUCCAAGGAGGAUGUCCCUGGGCCAGGCUCUCUGUGAAUGUGGGCACUGGCCCAGGUGUCUGUGCCUUGUUUGCCAGUCAAAGCCAGGGUCUUUCCCUUGGGUAUUUUUGAUGAUGUGUGCGAAUGUAUGUACUAUUUUGUGGCCUCAGCUGAAUGCCUCCUGUGGGGAAAGGGGUGGGGGUAAUAGUCAUCAGGGCCUGGGGUCUGAGAAAAUUGGCUAAAUAAAGAUUUAAGAAUUCU